GCCACCGACCACACGUUCCUCCAGAAGUGUCACUACCACCACGGGACGAACCCGCUGUACACCAAGCCGAAGAUGCCGCUGCCCGAGUUCACCAUCAAGCACUACGCGGGGAAGGUGACCUACCAGGUUCACAAGUUUUUGGAUAAAAACUACGACCAGGUCCGUCAGGAUGUGCUGGACCUUUUCAUCAGCAGCAGGACCAAGGUACGGCCCUGCCCGGCCCAGGCUCUGUACCGCUGCCUCGUCGACAUGUGGUCCAACGUCAUUCCCAACGGGGCCAACUGCGUGGAGAUGCUGAGGAACCUCUGCCCCGUCAGCCCCAGCAUGUACUAUGUCGGCAUCAGCAAGCCUGGCACAUGUGCCCAGGAUUUUGCCCAGAUCCCUCCAGGGAUGCUCUUAGUCCUGCCCAUGCCCAGGUUCCUCCAGGAUCCCUCUGACCAGCCUGGCACAUGUGCCCAGGACGUUGCCCAGAUCCCUCCAGGGAUGCUGUUGGCCCCGCCCAUGCCCAGGUUCCUCCGGGAUCCCUCUGGCCAGCCUGGCACAUGUGCCCAGGAUUUUGCCCAGAUCCCUCCAGGGAUGCUCUUAGUCCUGCCCAUGCCCAGGUUCCUCCAGGAUCCCUCUGACCAGCCUGGCACAUGUGCCCAGGACGUUGCCCAGAUCCCUCCAGGGAUGCUGUUGGCCCCGCCCAUGCCCAGGUUCCUCCGGGAUCCCUCUGGCCAGCCUGGCACAUGUGCCCAGGAUUUUGCCCAGAUCCCUCCAGGGAUGCUCUUAGUCCUGCCCAUGCCCAGGUUCCUCCAGGAUCCCUCUGACCAGCCUGGCACAUGUGCCCAGGACGUUGCCCAGAUCCCUCCAGGGAUGCUGUUGGCCCCGCCCAUGCCCAGGUUCCUCCGGGAUCCCUCUGGCCAGCCUGGCACAUGUGCCCAGGAUUUUGCCCAGAUCCCUCCAGGGAUGCUCUUAGUCCUGCCCAUGCCCAGGUUCCUCCAGGAUCCCUCUGACCAGCCUGGCACAUGUGCCCAGGACGUUGCCCAGAUCCCUCCAGGGAUGCUGUUGGCCCCGCCCAUGCCCAGGUUCCUCCGGGAUCCCUCUGGCCAGCCUGGCACAUGUGCCCAGGAUUUUGCCCAGAUCCCUCCAGGGAUGCUCUUAGUCCUGCCCAUGCCCAGGUUCCUCCAGGAUCCCUCUGACCAGCCUGGCACAUGUGCCCAGGACGUUGCCCAGAUCCCUCCAGGGAUGCUGUUGGCCCCGCCCAUGCCCAGGUUCCUCCGGGAUCCCUCUGGCCAGCCUGGCACAUGUGCCCAGGAUUUUGCCCAGAUCCCUCCAGGGAUGCUCUUAGUCCUGCCCAUGCCCAGGUUCCUCCAGGAUCCCUCUGACCAGCCUGGCACAUGUGCCCAGGACGUUGCCCAGAUCCCUCCAGGGAUGCUGUUGGCCCCGCCCAUGCCCAGGUUCCUCCGGGAUCCCUCUGGCCAGCCUGGCACAUGUGCCCAGGAUUUUGCCCAGAUCCCUCCAGGGAUGCUCUUAGUCCUGCCCAUGCCCAGGUUCCUCCAGGAUCCCUCUGACCAGCCUGGCACAUGUGCCCAGGACGUUGCCCAGAUCCCUCCAGGGAUGCUGUUGGCCCCGCCCAUGCCCAGGUUCCUCCGGGAUCCCUCUGGCCAGCCUGGCACAUGUGCCCAGGAUUUUGCCCAGAUCCCUCCAGGGAUGCUCUUAGUCCUGCCCAUGCCCAGGUUCCUCCAGGAUCCCUCUGACCAGCCUGGCACAUGUGCCCAGGACGUUGCCCAGAUCCCUCCAGGGAUGCUGUUGGCCCCGCCCAUGCCCAGGUUCCUCCGGGAUCCCUCUGGCCAGCCUGGCACAUGUGCCCAGGAUUUUGCCCAGAUCCCUCCAGGGAUGCUCUUAGUCCUGCCCAUGCCCAGGUUCCUCCAGGAUCCCUCUGACCAGCCUGGCACAUGUGCCCAGGACGUUGCCCAGAUCCCUCCAGGGAUGCUGUUGGCCCCGCCCAUGCCCAGGUUCCUCCGGGAUCCCUCUGGCCAGCCUGGCACAUGUGCCCAGGAUUUUGCCCAGAUCCCUCCAGGGAUGCUCUUAGUCCUGCCCAUGCCCAGGUUCCUCCAGGAUCCCUCUGACCAGCCUGGCACAUGUGCCCAGGACGUUGCCCAGAUCCCUCCAGGGAUGCUGUUGGCCCCGCCCAUGCCCAGGUUCCUCCGGGAUCCCUCUGGCCAGCCUGGCACAUGUGCCCAGGAUUUUGCCCAGAUCCCUCCAGGGAUGCUCUUAGUCCUGCCCAUGCCCAGGUUCCUCCAGGAUCCCUCUGACCAGCCUGGCACAUGUGCCCAGGACGUUGCCCAGAUCCCUCCAGGGAUGCUGUUGGCCCCGCCCAUGCCCAGGUUCCUCCGGGAUCCCUCUGGCCAGCCUGGCACAUGUGCCCAGGAUUUUGCCCAGAUCCCUCCAGGGAUGCUCUUAGUCCUGCCCAUGCCCAGGUUCCUCCAGGAUCCCUCUGACCAGCCUGGCACAUGUGCCCAGGACGUUGCCCAGAUCCCUCCAGGGAUGCUGUUGGCCCCGCCCAUGCCCAGGUUCCUCCGGGAUCCCUCUGGCCAGCCUGGCACAUGUGCCCAGGAUUUUGCCCAGAUCCCUCCAGGGAUGCUCUUAGUCCUGCCCAUGCCCAGGUUCCUCCAGGAUCCCUCUGACCAGCCUGGCACAUGUGCCCAGGACGUUGCCCAGAUCCCUCCAGGGAUGCUGUUGGCCCCGCCCAUGCCCAGGUUCCUCCGGGAUCCCUCUGGCCAGCCUGGCACAUGUGCCCAGGAUUUUGCCCAGAUCCCUCCAGGGAUGCUCUUAGUCCUGCCCAUGCCCAGGUUCCUCCAGGAUCCCUCUGACCAGCCUGGCACAUGUGCCCAGGACGUUGCCCAGAUCCCUCCAGGGAUGCUGUUGGCCCCGCCCAUGCCCAGGUUCCUCCGGGAUCCCUCUGGCCAGCCUGGCACAUGUGCCCAGGAUUUUGCCCAGAUCCCUCCAGGGAUGCUCUUAGUCCUGCCCAUGCCCAGGUUCCUCCAGGAUCCCUCUGACCAGCCUGGCACAUGUGCCCAGGACGUUGCCCAGAUCCCUCCAGGGAUGCUGUUGGCCCCGCCCAUGCCCAGGUUCCUCCGGGAUCCCUCUGGCCAGCCUGGCACAUGUGCCCAGGAUUUUGCCCAGAUCCCUCCAGGGAUGCUCUUAGUCCUGCCCAUGCCCAGGUUCCUCCAGGAUCCCUCUGACCAGCCUGGCACAUGUGCCCAGGACGUUGCCCAGAUCCCUCCAGGGAUGCUGUUGGCCCCGCCCAUGCCCAGGUUCCUCCGGGAUCCCUCUGGCCAGCCUGGCACAUGUGCCCAGGAUUUUGCCCAGAUCCCUCCAGGGAUGCUCUUAGUCCUGCCCAUGCCCAGGUUCCUCCAGGAUCCCUCUGACCAGCCUGGCACAUGUGCCCAGGACGUUGCCCAGAUCCCUCCAGGGAUGCUGUUGGCCCCGCCCAUGCCCAGGUUCCUCCGGGAUCCCUCUGGCCAGCCUGGCACAUGUGCCCAGGAUUUUGCCCAGAUCCCUCCAGGGAUGCUCUUAGUCCUGCCCAUGCCCAGGUUCCUCCAGGAUCCCUCUGACCAGCCUGGCACAUGUGCCCAGGACGUUGCCCAGAUCCCUCCAGGGAUGCUGUUGGCCCCGCCCAUGCCCAGGUUCCUCCGGGAUCCCUCUGGCCAGCCUGGCACAUGUGCCCAGGAUUUUGCCCAGAUCCCUCCAGGGAUGCUCUUAGUCCUGCCCAUGCCCAGGUUCCUCCAGGAUCCCUCUGACCAGCCUGGCACAUGUGCCCAGGACGUUGCCCAGAUCCCUCCAGGGAUGCUGUUGGCCCCGCCCAUGCCCAGGUUCCUCCGGGAUCCCUCUGGCCAGCCUGGCACAUGUGCCCAGGAUUUUGCCCAGAUCCCUCCAGGGAUGCUCUUAGUCCUGCCCAUGCCCAGCAAACUCUUCGGGAAGAAGCUGGACCCCCACGAGGAAGCCAUGCAGAUCCUGAAGGAGCAGCUCUCGGCAGCCCAGGCGCCGGCGGCCGCGGGAGGGGGGACGCUCACUGGGGGGGUGUUUUUCCCCGCAGCGGAGAACAAGCUGGACUCCUUCAGCCCCGUGGCCACCGAGAGCGUCAAGCGGGAGAUCGUCGCCGCAGCCCGCGACGGCUGCGAGGUCUACUUCUCACGCCUCUUCCCCGCCACGACCCCCAUCCAGGAGUCGCUCAUCGAAUUCGUGGAUGGUGGCAUCAGCAAACUGGCUGUUGAGGCUUUCCAAGGUAGGCGGGAGGUGCAGGACUACGUCCCCCCGCAGCUCUUCCGCCUGCUGAAGGCUCAAUCCUGGCUCCAGAUGGUGACCCAGCAGAUGCAGCAAGCCCAGGCGCUCAGCGCCCACCAAGCCAGGGCGCAGUUCCUGGCCCCGUACAAACGUCGGCACCAGGAAGACUCCGGCUCGGAACCCAGCGACUACGAAGAGCAGAAGGAGGAAGAAGAAGCUCGGAAAGUGAAGAGCGGCAUCCGUCAGCUUCGCCUCUUCAGCGCCGAGGAGUGCGCCAAGAUCGAAGCCCGCAUCGAGGACGUCGUGUCCCGGGCGGAGAAGGGGCUCUACAAGGAGCACACGGUGGACCGGGCCCCGCUGCGGAACAAGUAUUUUUUCGGGGAGGGGUUCACCUACGGGUCUCAGCUGCAGAGGCGAGGCCCCGGCCAGGAGCGCCUGUACCCCCGCGGCGAGGUGGACGCCAUCCCCGAGUGGGUGGACGACCUGGUGGUGGAGCACCGGGUGAUUCCCGAGGGCUUCGUCAACAGCGCCGUCAUCAACGACUACCAGCCAGGGGGCUGCAUCGUCUCCCACGUGGACCCCAUCCAUAUUUUCGAGAGGCCCAUCGUCUCCGUCUCCUUCUUCAGCGACUCGGCGCUCUGCUUCGGGUGUAAAUUCCAGUUCAAGCCCAUCAGGGUCUCGGAGCCCGUUCUCUUCCUGCCCGUCAAGAGGGGAAGCGUAACGGUGCUCAGUGGGUAUGCAGCCGACGAAAUUACACACUGUAUCCGACCACAGGACAUCAAGGAGAGGAGAGCUGUCAUCAUCCUUCGAAAAACAAGACUAGAUGCACCUCGAUUGGAAACAAAAUCCCUGAGUAGCUCUGUGUUGCCACCAGGUUAUAACUCUGACCGUCUGUCAGGAAGCAACCGGGACCAGAUCCUGAAACCAAAGCGGUCCCAUCGCAAAGCGGAUCCUGAUGCUGCUCACAGGCCACGGAUUCUAGAAAUGGAUAAGGAGGAGAACAGGCGCUCGGUCCUCUUACCAAAACAUAGGAGACGGAGCAACUUCAGCUCCGAGAACUAUUGGCGACGGUCUUACGAGUACACGGAGGACUGUGACGAGGAAGAGGAGGACGGCAGCCCGGCCAGGAAAGUUAAAAUGAGGCGACACUGAGGAUUGCACUUCCCAGGCUCGCGGAGCUGAUGAGAUUGGCCUCCAGUCUGUGAAAACUUUCUCCUCUCUCUGGCUAUCUUCCAUCUAGCUUCAGUUUUGGUUUUUCCUUUCAGGCUGAAGAGUAAACAGGAAGGAUCUAGCGAUUUGUUUUUAUGAAUGGAGGAAUGCUGAGACAUACGUAAGGAUGGAACAUGUCCAGUGCACAUGGUGUCCUGAGUCAUGGGUCAGACGGGCAUCUCUCCCUUAGGAAGCAGAUAAAGUUAUGCCAGGCUGUCUGUUGGGAUUUCUGUUGAAAACACCAAAAAGUUUAACUGUUUCGUUGCGCAAGAUUCAAGAAUUGUAUUUUUGUUUUGUUUUGUUUUUUUUUGCUUUAACUUCCUUCCUUUCCAAAUGUUCUAAGUAUGAUGUUUGACCCCAGGAGCUGAAACUCUCUGUGGUGGCCUCGUGUUUUUUGCUUCACCAAAGGGCUCCUUGGUCUGCU